UGAAAGUAAUGACACUGUGUUUUCCAGACCUCCCAGCAGCUCGAUGGCCUUCCCUAAGAAGAAACUUCGGGGUCUUGUUGCUGCCACCAUCACUCCAAUGACUGAGACUGGAGAAAUCAACUUUGCUGUAAUUGGUCGGUAUGUGGAUUACCUGGUGAAAGAACAGGGAGUGAAAAGCAUUUUUGUGAAUGGCACCACAGGAGAAGGCCUGUCCCUGAGUCUCUCUGAGCGUCGCCGGGUGGCAGAGGAAUGGGUGACACAAGGAAGGAACAAGUUGGACCAGGUGGUGAUUCACGUGGGAGCGCUAAGCUUGAAGGAGUCACAAGAACUGGCCCAACAUGCAGCAGAAAUUGGAGCUGAUGGCAUAGCUGUCAUUGCGCCUUUCUUUUUCAAGUCACAGAACAAAGACGCCUUGAUAAGUUUCCUGAGGGAGGUGGCGGCUGCAGCUCCUGCUUUACCAUUUUAUUACUAUCACAUUCCUUCCUUGACCGGGGUAAAGAUUCGUGCAGAGGAGCUGCUCGAUGGGAUUCAGGAUAAGAUCCCCACCUUUCAAGGACUGAAGUUCAGUGACACUGAUCUCUUAGACUUCGGGCAGUGUGUUGAUCAGAAUCACCAGCGACAGUUUGCUUUACUGUUUGGAGUGGAUGAGCAACUGUUGAGUGCUCUGAUCAUGGGCGCUACGGGAGCUGUAGGCAGUACCUAUAACUACCUGGGGAAAAAGACAAACCAGAUGCUGGAGGCUUUUGAACGGCAAGAGUUCACUACAGCACGCAAUUACCAGUUUUGUAUCCAGAGAUUUAUCAACUAUGUGAUCAAGCUAGGUUUUGGAGUGUCACAGACCAAAGCCAUCAUGACGCUGGUCUCUGGGAUUCCGAUGGGCCCACCCCGGCUUCCUCUGCAGAAAGCCACGAAGGAGUUUACUGCUAACGCUGAGGCCAAGCUGAAAAGCCUGGAUUUCCUUCCUUUGCCUGGUUUAAAGGAGGGGAACUUAGAAGCCCGUAGCUAGUGCCUGUUAAGCCUGGGUGUAUUGAUUGACUUCAUCUACCUUCAAUAGCACAUUCUCUUCUCAGGGACAUUUUAGGUGAUUUUGAGCUAAUCUUUCUUUUAGCAAAUGGAAUCCCACACCAAUAAAGAAAUAUUCAAAUAUAAA